AUGAAGGCAUGUUUUGCAGGCCUAACGUUGUGCUGUUUUAUUCUAGCGCAAAAACAAGUUGUCAAGAAAUAUGACGGUACGUAUAUAACAAAAGAAAAAAACUAUUAUAACAAGGGAAGUACCCCAAGUGCAACGCCCAGAUUUUCUUUAAAUUUUGCGCACCCGUCGGGCAUGGACUAAGUAUCAAUUCUUGAAAGUUUUAGCUCGCGCUUUGCAGGUACAGCCGAGAUUUCGAACCAUCUUUGUCGCCGAAACAGUACGCUAAGCACGGGGAGCGGUCAGAGAGAAAAACGCUUUUUGGCCAUAACUUUGUCUGUUUCGUGCGGAAAAAAUUGAUUUUUUGCAUAAACAUUACCCUUUAUGGCAGAAAUAGGUACGAAACUUUCUGUUCCGAAAUUCGGCAAAAAGUCUUUAAAUUUUCGCCGACUUUCGAUUGAAAAAUCUCGGUUGUUUCUGCAAAGCGUGAGCUAGGCUUAUCGCAUAUAUUUUCGAAAAAAAUAUUUUAAAUUUGUGCCAAGUUUCAUCAAAAUCUGAGCGUCGCACUUGGGGUACUUCCCUUGUAAGUUGAAGGCAGAAUUUUAGAAAUUUAGAACAGCGUAACAAUUAUCCCAACUUUUUUCAGCUGCUCCCAUACUCCCGCUGUUCAUUGGAAGCAAGGCAGUAAUGAACGGCGAUUUUCUGAUUGCGCUGUAUAGUACGGACACCAUGGCAUUUAUCGGGCGGUGCAGACAAGCACGACAAUGCUCGGCUCAAGGCCAUAAGAUCUACGAUUACAAGUAGUUGUCACUAUCAUUUUGAGGACACGGAUUUGCAAUUCAUUUAUGAUAUUUUUGCAGGAGAAAUACACGGUAUCCCGGCAAGGACUUCAUGGACAACCUGACCGGACAUCAGUACAGAGGAAAGCUUUUCUCUGACAAAAUCAAAGUAGGAAGACAAGAUUAUUACCGUAAAACUUUGUUUUAAACAGUUGGCAGGCGUCGAAUUCAAACAAGUCUUCUUUGGAGGCGUCGAAGGUCCGCCGGAACACACGGACCCGUCGGAUAUUGACUUCCCCUACGACGGAUUUGUGGGCAUAGGCCUGGGCCAAAAGCGCGCCUUCAUGCGCUCCUUCUUGUACCAGAGCCCGGCCGGCCGACGAAACAUCAUCAUUGUUCAGGAUGCCUACAAAAAACCAGUGUUUAAUGCAAGCCUUUAGUCAUGGCAUUGCUGCGUUUUUUUGAGAAUACUCUAAAAUUUUUUGAUUUUUAGGACAACGUACGAAUUGAACAAAAACAGAGUGGAAAGACCUAUCUGCACUCAGACAUAAGGCCAAGCAGCACGGACAAAGUACCGGAAUGCGGGAUUUUUGCGCAAUCCGUUGUCUUGACAAAACCAAAGGGCGGAAUGGAGUGGUUGAUAAAGUCAGAGUAAGAUAUUUUAAAUGUUUGACGUGCAAAUUUAGAGAAAAACGCCCAAACUCAUUUACAGUGGGGGACCUGAUCCAGUGGCAAAAGAGGUAUUAUUUUGCAUCCAGGAAGCAUCAAAAAUGUGGCAAAAUACCUCCCUCUCCAAGCGAAAAAGCUCCGAUUUCAAAUGCUCUUUUUGUUAAGGAAAGGGUGCGCCCUUCAAAACGAAGUUUUUUCACUUGGAGAGGGAAGCAUUUUGCCACAUUUUUGAUACUUCCCGGGUGCAAAACGGUACGUUUUUUGCCACUGGAUCGGGUCCGCCACUGUACGUCUAAAAUUUCAGCAUUACAAUCGGCAAUGACACGUUCAAUUCGUACAUAAAAUUCAAUCCAUCAGGACCGACAAAGCUUCACUAUUUGAGGAUUACACAAUAUCUUGGAAAGACUAAGUUCAAGAAUUCUGAAGCGCGUAACCUCCCGAGGAUACACUUCCGUCUCGAUAAACAGGACUUCAUUCUCGACGCAAGCGACUACAUUGUGAAGGACAAUUCAACUCGUGUUAGACAUCUUACAAUAAAGGUAAAAAUUGCCGAGUUAACACAAGCUAUGAUGACGCAAUUUUAAAAAAUGGGAUGGCAAUCUCUUACAAUCUGAUAUACCCUUUUUCGUUUAGCAAUAUCUGUUGCUGCUAGCAAAAUACAAACCGAAUUGUAAGCAUUUCUUUUUAUUUUUUCGUUUUUCGACACCGAUCGGCGGCGGGAAAAUCGUUCAAAAUGUUGUACGUCAAUCACAAAAAGUCUUCUUUUUUGACUGUCUGUUUAGCGGGGACGACUUAUGCCGAACCAAGGCAUACAAAAUUUACAUCCUCUGGAAACUGUAGGUCCUCUACCUUUGGUCGACAAUUUUUGAAAGUUUGUAAACCGGGCGGAAUCGAGUUACGGCGAAAAUAUUUUGAAAAAAAAAUCUGGCUCCGGAGUUGUCGCUAUUUUGAGUCCGUGGCAUAAAUCUUGCUACCGUUUCAGGCUGGGGAAGACAUUACUUAUCCACUUGAGCUAGGUUAUGAAUUCUUCCAAAAGUAUUGCCUGCAACUCUCGUAUGACAGCUCGUCGUCGGCUUUCAAGAUCGGGCUUGCGCCGAAUGUCGUGAACAAAUUCGUAAGCGAUAUCGAUCCGGGGGACGACGACUACGAAGACGAGCCCGAAGACGAUUAUGGCCACACAACGGAUAAGUCUGAAGAAGAUGAUAACGAUAAAGGAGAUGAUAUAGUUGACGGAGAAUCAAUAACUCCGCGCACUUCUGUUGUAUAUACUCUGGUUGCUAUCCAAUUGAUUUGGCUAUUUUGA